AUGAGCUCCAAGGCAAUGGCUCGGCAGCGCAUCGUGCCUGCCAUUCCGCAUCAACUGACUAUCCGCCGCGCAAAAGUCGUUCCAGCAGGCAAGAGCGACCAACAACCCGCCGGUGACAAGGGAAAGAGCGCAUCACUUUCGACCAGCGCAGACAAGUUGGAAGCUGCACCGCGCACGAACGGUAUCGAACACGAAGAUGCGCAUCACGGGAACACCGCACUUGUCAACGGGGCCAAAGACGAGCAAGCCAAACAGGCGCCUGCUGAGGAGGAGCCUGUCGCAAUCAAGGAGCUUGCUGUGAACAAGGAACUCCUGGAGGAGAAAGAGAAGCUUGUUGAGAACAAGGAAGAGCCUGCCGCUGAGAAGGAAGUGAUUGAUGAGAAGAAGGAGGAGGUCAAUGUAGGGGUUACCGCUCCCAUUCCUCGUCGUCAGCCUCAUCACCAGGACGCUCAAGCUCUCCCAUUCAUUCCCAAGCAUAAGCACAAGCACAGUGAAUCUCUCGUCUUUGGCGGCCUUCAAGACUCGUCCAGCGCAUCGCCUGCCGACAUGUCAACCUCGGUCUUCUUACCUCCUCCGCCUAUGUCCGCUGUCCCUCCUGCAGUGAAUCCUUACGACAACUUCUCUGCUGCCCAGUCAUAUCCAUCUGCCGCUCCUCCUGCACCUGUCGCUGUAAUGGCUCCUCCUCAACUGCCCAACGGCCACGCCUUUGCACACACAAACGGAGCUGCCGCCCAUCUUGGAAGCAUUUCAUCUUCGCCUUCGCGCACACCAUCGGUUCCACUUGGCGAUUCUGCUGUCGCUACACCUGAUGCCUAUGUGCCACACAAGCAUCAUGCUCAUCAGCCAUCUUACCUUCCCCCUCCCCCUCUCCACAACAAUGCGCAGCAUCUGGCCGAUUACGUCCUUUCCUACUGGAAUCAGCAUGAGUUUGCCGACUACCUGCUUGAGCUUUACUCCAGCAAUCAGUCUGCCAACCCUUUGAUGCUGCCUGUGCACGGAAUCAUUAUUGCACGCUACCCUGGUCUCCUCAAGCUCAUCAACAGCCUCCCUCAGACUCGUACUCACUCUCGCGCUACCAUUGUCCAUAUCCCUCGUAGCUACUGCUUUGCCGACGCCUCUGCGUUCGCCGAUGCAAUUCGCUACGUCUAUGGUGGCCGCUUGAUCGAGCCCAUGUACAUUUUCAGCAACCCUGCCAGCACUCCAACCACCCGCAUGCGCUACGUCCUGUCAUACCUUGCCGCUGGUCAUUUCUUGGGUGCUGAACCUAUCGUCAUGCACGCCUAUAACAUGGCUUUGCGUAUUCUUGGCUUCAACGAGCUCGAGACUGUUUUGUUCUUCGCUGCAUGUGGCUGGUGCCUCACUGAGAAUUGUUUGUAUGGUCCCUACGCCGACCAAAUUGUCUACCAGGCUCUGUACAUGGUUGUCUCAAGUAUGAACGCAGACUUUGUCUUUGACGCCUCGGCUCCUGAGUUCGCUUCUGUUCCUCGCCUCCCUAUCAGCUACAACUCGACCUCAACAUCUCAAUCUCGUCCCGACUCACGAUCUUCCUCUGUCUUCGCUUCAUCAGACGCCCAGUCCGGACAGCGUACCAUGUCAAGCAUCCGUUUCGGCUCAGCAACCCCUAGCAGUUCGGACACUUCCUCGCCCAACUACCUCCUGUCAUCUGCACUUCUGUCUUUGUCUUUCGACGCUCUGAAGAUUGUACUGGAGCACGAUCAGCUCGUGGCAAACUUGGGUUUCGAUACAUUGCUUUCCAUCGCUGGCGAGAUCGUGCGCGAGCGCGAGCGUCGUCGCGUCGAUGCCUGCAACUCACUGCAUGACCAGAAGAAGACCCCUGAAGGAGUUCUUCUUGUUGGAGAGUCGGUGGGUCGCGAUGUGACCGGCACACGCCUUCAGCUUCACGCAACACGCCUUGGUUGA